CGCAUAACGUCAAUUUAAUGUCGAUCCUGCUUGAGUUUUGACAAAUAUUUUACUCAAAUAGAUAUCACGUAAAAGACGAGUUUAGGGAUUUUAAGUUUCACUUCGUGUUUAAAAUAACAAAAUGCAAGGUUUAAGCAUUCAAAGCUUGAAAAAACAUAAAGCUCUGAUUCCGUUGUACGUGUGCGUCGGGCUCGGCUGUGCAGGCUCGGUGUUUUACCUGGCGCGUCUGGCUCUGCGCUCGCCCGACGUCAGCUGGAACAAGAAGACCAACCCCGAGCCUUGGCAAGAGUACAGGAAUAAACAAUACAAGUUCUACUCACCAACCAGAGACUACUCCAAGGAGGAGUCUCCCGCUCCUAAGUACUGAACACUCGCUGCAAGUGUUUCCGACAGUUAUGUAUUAGAAAUUUUAAUUUAAUAAAUAGUGCUAUGUAAUACA